AUGGAAAAGCAUCGGCGGGCAAUGCUGCAGAAGGCAAAGCGUGACUUCGUACGAGGCAAUCUCAAGGGUGCGAUGGAGAAGCUGCAGCGCCACUUCGGAGUGCAGCAGAUGCUGGAUCGAUUUCGAUGCUAUCACAAGAACUGUGGGCGCAAGUUGGAUCAUCAUGCUGAGAUAUGCAAGUGCGCCGGGUUCUACUGUCACAUCCACCAGCCUCCUCAGGUCCACAACUGUAAGGAGAUGAAGAAGAUCCUGGAAACGAAGGCGAAAGAAGCCAAGGAUCUGGAGAUCAAGCUGAGGGAGGAGGGCGGAGACCCACCACCAGAGGAGAAGUUCGACAACAAGGUGGAAAUCGGACUCCUCCUGGAGGCACAUGAGCUGGCGGAGAGCAUCCAGGCUGCGCUGAAAGAGAAG